CGAAAAUACUGAAUAUAUAACGCGAGGGGAGAGGGCACCGGCAUGUACAUGCCUGUCCCUUAGGCACUGCUGACACCACCCCCUAAUAACUCACACCAGAGUGUAGUUCCCUUUCCUGUCGUGUAUUGACUCAGAAAUGCCAGGACUUAGUAAUAAGCCGUUGAUAAUCGACGGACGCGGACACCUCUUGGGCCGAUUGGCGUCCACUGUGGCCAAGACUCUACUCCAGGGUCAGAAAGUGGUUGUCGUCCGAUGCGAGGGAAUCAACAUCUCCGGCAGUUUUUACCGCAACAAAUUGAAGUAUUUGUCGUUUUUGCGUAAGAAGUGUAAUGUGAACCCCUCGAGGGGGCCCUACCAUUACCGGGCGCCGAGUAAGAUAUUCUGGCGCACCGUACGCGGGAUGUUGCCCCACAAGACCAAACGCGGUGACAAAGCGCUGGAUAACCUCCGGGUGGUGGAGGGUAUACCCCCGCCCUAUGACCGCAAGAAGCGACUGGUGGUGCCCUCAGCGCUGCGUAUCGUACGACUCAAUCCGCGCCGAAAGUACUGUUCGGUGGGCCGCCUGUCCCAUGAGGUGGGCUGGAAGUACCAGUCGGUGAUUGAGACGCUGGAGCUCAAGAGGAAGGCGAAGGCCGCCAUCCGGUUCUCGCGCGUCAAGAAGGACGCGAAGCUGAGGGCGGAGGCGAAGAAGUCGCUCGAGAAGAAGCUGAAGCCACUGACGGAUCAG